CUACAAUUCUGCGUUAUUCGCGCCAUUCUCUUGCUCCCCUUCUUUGCGCCCGCUCGAAAUCGAGAGGCAGCCGAAGCAGAGAAGGAGCUCCCAUCCCCCCCUCUGCGGCCGUCUCAAAUCUCCCGCGAGGUCUUCCGGCAGCUUCAAUGGCUCGAGUGGCCGUCGUGAGAGCUCUCCCGCUGGCGGCGAGGCUUCCGCUCGGUGACCUCCUGCCACUCGUUCGCGUUAGCUACUCUACAUUCCGGCCGUCGUCCUCCUCCUCCCUCUUCUCGGAGCCCCUUCAUUUCGGAUCUUUCUUCACCUGCCGGAGCUCUGAGGCUUUCCCGAGGGUGAGGGCGCCUGGAUGGCCGGUUGCUUCUGUCCGGGGCUUCCGCAAGACUCGGCGGCGCCCAGUCGCGCGGAAGAACCCGUCGAAAGAGAGGCAGUUGGAGCUCGACGUGAAGAUCUGCCUCGAAGAAGAGCUCCCCGAUGAUCCGGAAGUUCUGAGCAUAGCAGAAAUUCUGCGACUAAACGCUCCAAUGGCAAUGAAGAUUGCAUUCGAUGGACUGAAAGAUUCAGAUUAUAAAACAAGAGAUAGAACCAUAAAUGAUGUUGGCAAUUUUGAAAAGGCUGAGCUGUCUAUAAUGCUUUGUAAUGACAAUUUUAUCCGAAAGCUGAACAAGGACUGGCGAGACGAAGACCAUGCUACUGAUGUACUCUCCAUGUCGCAGCAUAUUCCAGGAUUUGACCUACCAAUUCUCAUGUUGGGGGAUAUUGUCAUUUCUGUUGAGACUGCUGCAAGACAAGCUGAAGAAAGAGGUCAUUCACUUCUUGAUGAAAUACGCAUCUUAUUGGUCCAUGGUCUGCUGCAUCUUCUUGGAUUUGAUCAUGAGGUAAGUGAUGAAGCUGAAGCAGAGAUGGAAAAGGAAGAAGAGGUUGUUUUAAAGAGUCUUGGUUGGAAGGGGAAAGGUCUCAUCAAUAGUGCGUAUGAUUCAAUAGCAGAUGAAAUCCAAAGGGCCGAAGAUUCAAAUGGUCAUUAUGUUAAGGAGGCAAAGAAAGAAGGCAGCCUUCGUUUUUAUCAGCCCAAGUUUAAAUAUAUUUUCUGUGAUAUGGAUGGAACGCUUCUUAAUAGCAAGAGUCAAAUUACUCCAAGAAAUGCCAUGGCAUUAAGGGAGGCAAUUUCGAGGGGAGUGAAGGUUGUCAUUGCCACUGGAAAGACACGGCCUGCUGUUAUAAAUGCUCUGAAGACUGUGGACUUGGUGGGGAAGAAUGGUGUUGCUUCUGAGUUCUCGUCAGGUGUCUUUUUGCAGGGUUUGCUAGUUUAUGGUAUGCAAGGCCGUGAGAUUUAUAGAAGAAAUCUGGAUCCAGAUGUUUGCAGGGAGGCCUUUUUGUAUUCUUUGGAGCACAGAGUGCCUCUUAUUGGGUUUAGUCAAGAUCGAUGUGUGACACUGUUUGACGAUCCAUUGAUUGAAUCACUCCACACUGUCUAUUUUGAGCCAAGGGCAGAGGUCAUGCCCUCAGUCGAAGACCUUCUGAGAGCUGUUGACAUUCAGAAAUUGCUCUUCUAUGGCACUGCAGAGAGUGUUUCUACAUCUUUGCGGCCUCAUUGGUCAGAAGCAGUGCAAGAAAGAGCUCGUGUUGUUCAGGCACAGGCUGAUAUGCUGGAAAUUGUUCCACCUGGGACUUCAAAAGGUGAAGGUGUGCGCAUGCUGCUGGACCAUCUUGGUGCUAACACUGACGAGGUCAUGGCCAUAGGUGAUGGUGAAAACGAUAUUGAAAUGCUGAAACUUGCUUCACUGGGAGUUGUGCUUGAAAAUGGUGUAGAUAAGGCUAAAGCAGUUGCAGACGCGACUGCUGCGUCCAAUGAUGAAGAUGGAGUGGCAGAUGCCAUUUACCGCUUUGCUUUCUGAUACAGUAAUUCUUUCAGAAGAUGUUUAUUGUUGCACUGACCGGGAUUUCUUAGUGCAAGUCCCCUAAUUCAAGUGGGGUAUAAUUCUCUCAACCCCACUCAAAGAAGAGAGAAAGAAGCUUAUAGUUUAUGAAAGAUUCAAAUGUAAUAAGAAAUACUAAAUUGCCAGUUUUCCUAUUCAAAAUGGAGGAAGAGAUCUUAUGUUCAAGUA